CAAGGCUAAUUUUAUAUUAUCUUAAAUCACUUGUUUUUGUUCUCGUGGCUUCCUGCUUGCUAUAGGCAUAAUUACGAGGAAGUAGAACUCUUCAGAAGCAAGCACACAUGCAUUCCAAAAUAAGAGCAAAUUUACCCUCAACACAGGAAAAGACCUGAGGCUUUAAUUAAGGGGUUAAAUCCAAUCCCAAAGUGCUUUUGUGGGCACUGAUUGCUCAGGCUUAUGCGUCAAGAGGGGUACAGGCUUUAGACAUGUAUAGACACAAAAAAAAAAACAGCUGGAGUUUGAGCUUAAAAUACUCCCAGUCUCCAAAGAAGAGGCCCCAGUCUACGAAACGUUGACUUCAGAGCUGUAUGAAGGAAGGGCAGCCGCCGAGAGAAGCGCCCGCCCGCAGGAUGCCGCUGCCUGGGGGCCUCCUGUUGCUGCUGCUCUUGGGGGCCAUGGCCACCGCUGCCCUGCCCCUGGAGGGCAGCCCCACUGGCCAAGACAGCGGGCAUAUACAGGAAGUGGCAGAAACAAAGAAAAGCAGCCUUUUGACUUUCCUUGCUUGGUGGUAUGAGUGGACCUCCCAGGCCAGCGCCGGGCCCCUCAGGGGAGGGGAAGCCAGGGAGGUGUUCAAACGGCAGGAAGGCCGGCCCCUUCAGCAGUCCACGCGCCGAGAUAAAACGCCCUGCAAGAAUUUCUUCUGGAAGACCUUCUCCUCCUGCAAAUAAAACUGCUCCCGUGAUUACUCAUGCAAACCGUGUAAUGAUGGACCUGAAUAAAAUGUGUUAAACAGCAGCAA